AUGAAUUCUAUUACGGUAGGUUUGCUACUUGUAUUUACUCUCAUUACUCAAUGUAAUGGAGUACCACGUUUUGCUAAUUAUCUACAAGAUCAUAUGGUACUUCAACGAGCUCCACAAAGAGCUGUUGUAUGGGGAUUUGGUGAUGCAAGUAAAUUAACUACACUUAGAAUGAACAAUAAAAUUUAUACAACUAUGAGUCGUUCUGAACCAGCAAAUGAACAAGGUGAAAGUAUUUGGUCAGUAACACUUGACGCUGUAUCUGAUGAAGGACCAUAUGAUAUUCAUGUUUCGCAACCAUUAGCUAAUGGAAGUCUUGUUAAUAUUAUACUUCGUGAUGUUUUAUUUGGUGAUGUUUGGAUCUGUUCGGGUCAAUCAAAUAUGCAAAUGACAGUAAGUUUAAUAUUCAAUGCAACAGAAGAAAUUGCUAACGCUGCCAAAUAUCCUAAAAUAAGAGUAUUUACUGCUUCAUUAUUACCUUCAGCAGUACCCGUUGAAGAAUUACUUGGUAUUGAUCUUCAAUGGUCUGUUGCAUCUCCAAGUAGUGUUGGUGGACCAGACUGGAAGUAUAUGUCAGCUGUAUGUUGGCUUUAUGGUCGUAUGAUUCAUGAAUCCUUAGGUGGCCGACCAAUUGGACUUAUUGCUACUAGCUGGGGUGGAACACCUAUUGAAGUAUGGAUGCCACCAAAAGCAUUACAAGAGUGUAACGAUACAACAAGUACAAAUGUAGCGAUACAAUCAUAUGCUGAAACUAUGCCAACAGCACCACUUAAUAAUUCAGAUUUAUUUAAUGCAAUGAUCUAUCCAUUUACACGUAUGGUUAUCUAUGGUUCUAUCUGGUAUCAAGGUGAAGCCAACGCUGGUAAUCCUACAUAUGCAUGUAAAUUCGAAAAAAUGAUUCAAUAUUGGCGACAAACAUGGAAUGAACGUACACAAGGCAUAACCGAUAUUCAAUUUCCAUUUGGUUUUGUUCAAUUAUCAACAUUCACCAAUGAUAGUUCAGUUGUUGGAGGAUUUCCUAUGCUACGAUGGCAACAAACAUUUAAUGUUGGUUAUGUUCCAAAUGAUGUUGUUCCUAAAGUAUUUAUGGCUGUUGCUUUAGAUCUACGUGAUGAUCCAAAUAAUAUUCAUCCUCGAACUAAACAUGAUGUUGGAUAUCGUCUUUCACGAGCUGGACUUGCAGUUGCUUAUGGACAAGCAGUUGAAUUUCAAGGUCCUAUUGUGAAAAAUGUUCUUUAUACGGCUGGUAGUCAAACAGUGAAUAUAGUUUAUACUGGUGUAUCUAAUAUUGAAUUACGUAAUCCAGCUGGAUUUGAGGUUUGUUGUCAAGGAAGUCAAUGUUCAAAUGAUGCAUUAUGGGUUCCAUCGGCUGUAACAACUAGAGCUGGAUUGACACUAACAUUAGCAAUACCAAGUUCAUGUAGUGGAAAACAAUUAUAUGGUCUACGUUAUCUUUGGCGAGAAACACCAUGUUUAUUUAAAGAAGCAGCUCUUUAUAGUGCAACAGAUGCAAAUUUACCUUCUCCACCAUACAUGAAGAUUUUUUAG